UACACAUUGUCUUGGGCUAAUGUGUUGAGCUAUCUAAAUGAGCUGCAUUUCCAUCUUGGGCUCUAUAUCGGGUCGGGUCAGCUAUAAAUGGGUGUCUAGGGUUGUUAGUAGAUUGAGCUAUAUAAGCAACUUGCCUCCAUUGUAAAAGAUAUCGAUGAAUAUGAAUGUUGUUUAGUUUAUUUUCUUUCAUUUUCUGCAAUUUACUUCCUCUACUUCCUUUUUAUGGAUUCUGAUCCCAACAUUUGGUAUCAGAGCCCUUCGAUCCAUAUGGGCGAGGUGGUUCUUCCAGCAGUGCAACACUGCAUCAGUUCGAUGGCUGUUUUCCAGCAAACUAUGAACGAUUUUCAUAACAAUUUCAUGGAGGAGAUUCGUCGGUUUCAGGAAUACCGCUCAAAAUUUCCAACUGCUGCAACCCCUACAUACAGUGGUCCAUGGUAUGCUCCGGCUGAUCCUACACUUCCAAGCCCUUGGAGGGGUUUAAUUGAUGGUUCAUCGGGUUCAUUGUACUACUGGAAUCCUGAAACUCACCAGACCCAGUAUGAGAGGCCAUGUCAACAAGCUCCUCAAUAUCCACCGACCUUCACUUCCUCAGAUUACUCCGUUCACUCAAACCCUCAACCAUACGCCUCCGAUAACCACCACGGUAUCAAUCUUCCAUUUACCCACCCUACAAAUUCCCACCCUUACAAUGUUGCUUCGAUUUACCCCAACCCUCACCAUCAAUCACAUAACCCACCAGUCAAUUACCCUCACUUUGAACAUAUUGAAUCGUUUGUUUCCCACCAUCACAGUCCGUACAAGGCUACCAUUAUCUCUCAGUCACCCUUGUCUUCCACAUAUGAUAGCUCUCCUACAACCAAGAAGCUCAAAUCGAUUCGAGUGAACCAAAACCUGAGGACAAGGUCGCAAAUAAAGAUGAAGCGAAAACCCUUGUCUAAGUCCGCUCGACGCAGUCGAAAACGAAUUCAGGGCGAUUCAGAGACGGACAGGUGUGACCCUCUUUUGAUUACGUCCACAAAACCCGAUGAUUUGGAUGUGUUAGUUGAGACAUCUCCUGCUUUCGCAACUGUGCUGAUGGUUGCAGCUGUGACUGAGAAGCAAGAUUUGAGUGUUCCUUUGAUUAAGGAUGAGUCCAUGCUUGUUGAGAGUAAGAAACUAUUUGUGCCCGGUGCUGUAGACUUGACUAAGGUCAUGCAUUCCAAGGUUAAUGGUUCAUAUCAUGAAUCUGAUUCGAGCUAUCAACCUCCCUCUCCCACAUCUGAUGAGAUAGAGACACCAAAGGGUCGAGAAUUGGCUUUGGAUGGGCUUUGGGAUGCUAGUGGUGGAUUGAACACCAAGAAGACUAAAUUCAAGAGUUUCUCCCUUGGAGACUUUGAGCUGAUUCAUGAUGAAGACCACAUGCUUGAAGAUCAUGAGCAAAGUGUAAUUGUGACUCAGUUUACCCAAUUGUGCCAACAGGCUGGCUUUAAGGUACGCAUGGUUACCGGAGACUUGCUUAUGCUGGCUCAUCCUCUACAUUUCAAGCUUAUUAAUAGUGACAAUUCUAAUGUUACUGUUUUGGAGAAUAUCAAGUACAAACACUGUAAUUGUGAUAUUGUUGGUGUUGAGGGGGAUUCACAAUUUUAUAAUUUCAAAAAAGAUAGGAGGAGUUUUACGAAAGGGCAGAUGUGGGCUAUAUAUGUUGAUGAUGGAAUGCUGAGAAAUUAUGGUUUGGUUGAUGAAGUUUUUUAUGUCAGUCCUUUUGAGAUGGAAAUUAGUUGGUUGGAUCUUCAGAAUAAUGGGAAUCAGUGGUUGGCUUCUUGGGAGAAGAUGGGCUUGCAUGUUCCUUGUGGAAGGUUUAAAGUUACUAAGCAGACCACCUCUAAUUCAGUCCAUAUAAUUUCUCAUGUGAUGGAAUGUGACAGAGCUGCAAGAGAGAUUUAUCUGAUUUAUCCAAAGAAGGGAUUUGUUUGGGCACUUUGUAAUGAAACAGCUUUUGACACUGAUGGAAGAAACAUGUUGGUUAAAGGGAAGCGAUGCUAUGACAUAGUUGUGUUCCUGACGAGUUAUACUGAGAUGCACGGUUUGAGUAUGGGUUAUCUUGAUGUAAUUUCAGCAAUUAAGAAGUAUUUGAGUGAUACAAUUGAGCCUUGGUUGGAUGGGACUUUUAGUGGGAAUGAUGAUUUCAAGUUUGCGUUAGUUAUCACAGAUAAUAUUGGAGGUUACCCUUAUCUAAUUGACGUGGCUGUACUUCAUUUCCUUUGCCAAACUAAAUCUAUCUGCCACCCAAGGAGGGAUUUUGUUGAUAACGUCAUUGAUUUUCUCAAAAGCAAUUCCAAGUUAUCUUUUCUGAGGUACUCUUCUGAUCUACUUCUUUCAAGAGAUAAUUGUAUAGGCUUUGUGACUAAACUGCACAAGUUUUUUCAAUACAUGGUGGGACAUGUUCAUAAGGAUGAGCUUUUCAUGGCAACGUGCUCUUCCACUUUUUAUCAUCCAUUCCAUGCACUUGUCAAGAAACUGUUUCUUUUAUCACCUAUGGUUGCUAUCCAUUCAUUACAACCACUUUUGGCUGACAUAUUGAGUGAAGAUGCACAGUUUAUCUUUGGAAUUAUGAUGGUUCUCUCUAUGAAUGAGCCAAUGGUUUUGAAGUCUAAGAAACAAGGCCUUGAAAUUGGGUAUGGUGAUAAUGAUAAUGGAAAUUAUUGUUCUUCUGUGAGCUGUUCUCUUUACUUCUUUGAUUUUAUGCUUACAUGGUUUAUCGAAUUUGGCUUCGUGGCCAAUGACUUUGGAGAUCUUCCAUUGGUUCCUCAAAAAUACCCUUCAGUACCCAUGCGGUCAAAUGAAGCUCUUCUGUUUAUCUUGUUGUUUGCAAUUAUUCACUGCCAGGUAAUGGCAUUUGUGAUUUCAAGCCAUCUACGGAGGGGUCCCAAUAGAGAAGCCUUGACUGUCCUUUCUAUUAUGGAAAAUUCAUAUCGUUGGCAGUCAAAUUAUAAUUCUCAUGUGAGUGUUCAUCUAUGUGCGCUAAUACAUACUUGGCAAGUUACUAAUGAUGAUAUUGCUUUUGGUGCAACCGUGACAAACAUUAAAAAUCUCAACAUGAUAUAUGCUACAUUAUGGUAUCUUUCAUUGUUCACUUCCAUUGUUCCUAAUGUUGUACUUUGGUUGGGAUAUUUGCGAUUGGAUUGUAAUUCGGGAUGGAAUCUUAUGAUUACAGACAAUGAGACCACACGCUCUGUUCUUGCCAUGAUUUGCCAAGGUGCAGCAAAGCAGUCCAAAGCUGACAAGCUCAUGUUCUUCUACUUUGACGUGGUAGAAUCACUUCCAACAGAACCACUGGAUUCCAGUGAUUGGAAAUCACUGAAUAGCUGUUAUGAUGCACAAAUUUCAGUUUUUGAGUCCAAUCUACAGACAAAGUUGGAGGCUGCCAAAGUAUUCAUGGUUGGAUCUGGUGCACUCGGAAGUGAGUUGUUAAAAAAUGUUCCCUUGAUGGGAGUUUCAUGUGGCAACCAGGGGAAGCUAACAACCACUGAUGAUGAUGUAAUUGAGAAGAGUAACCUCAGUAGGCAGUUCCUCUUCUGUGAUUGGAAGACUAGGCAGGCAAAAUAUACAAUUACCGCUUCUCCUGCUGCACCAAUAAAUCCCUGUCUCAACAUUGUAGCUUUGCAGAAUGGAGUUGGCCCUGAAAGUGAGACUCUGUUUGAUGACACCUACUCGCUUUAUGUUGACCAGAGGUGCUUAUAUUUCCAGAAGGCAGUUCUUGAGUCAGGUACUCUUCGUGCAAAAUGCAACACUCAAGUGGUUAUUCCUCACGUAACAGAAAAUGAUGGUAACUCGAGAGAUCUUCCAGAGAAGCAAGCACCCAUGUGUACUGUGCACUCAUUUCCACACAACAUUGACAACUAUUUGACAUGGGCUCGAUCUGAGUUUGCGGGUUUGCUUAAGAAAACUCCACCAGAAAUGCAUGCACUUUUAUCCAAGCCAAGUGAAAAUACCGCUGCAGUGAGCAAUGCUGGGGAUGCACAGGCCAGGUAUACCUUGGAGCCUGUUCUGGAGUACCUUGCCAGUGAAAGAUGCGAAACAUUCCAAGAUUGUAUUGCCUGGGCAAGUGAAAAAUGUUACCCGACUGAAGUCUCAUGGGCUUAUUUCCCGAUUCUUACAUUUUUAAGGCCUGAGGGCAUGCCUUAUUUUAAGGGGGGAGGAAUGUUAGGACACUCUUACACAUUGUCUUGGGCUAAUGUGUUGAGCUAUCUAAAUGAGCUGCAUUUCCAUCUUGGGCUCUAUAUCGGGUCGGGUCAGCUAUAAAUGGGUGUCUAGGGUUGUUAGUAGA